AUGUUAAAGCGUUCCGUACAAAGUGUUAAUAGAUUGAGAAAGACAUCACAAUUGAACAAGCUUCAAAAUCAAUUGUUGUGUUCAUUGAUUGUUAGAUCCUAUCAAUUUAAUUCAAAUCCUACAAAGAGUGAAUUUACUGUGGGAGGAAAUAUUUCUACUCAUGGAACCAUUCCUGGUCUUCAAAUUUCUGGUAGUGAAAGUUAUUCCGAAAGAUUGAGAACAACUCUUUUGAGUCCAAUUAUUAUUGUACCACACGGUGAACAAUGGGUUGUUGAACGUUUUGGACGUUUCUGUAAAACAUUGGACAGUGGUAUUCACUUUUUACUCCCAUUCUUAGAUACUGUCUCCUAUAAACACACAACAAAGGAAAUUAUAUUGGAAGUUAACAAACAAACAGCCAUUACAAAGGAUAACGUUCAACUCUCUUUGGAUGGUGUCUUGUAUACAAGAAUUACUGAUGCCUAUAAGGCCAGUUAUGAAAUUGAAAAGCCAUUCGUUGCCAUUAUGAAUUUGGCUCAAACUACAAUGAGAAGUGAAAUUGGUAAAAUUACACUUGAUAAUACUUUUGCUGAGAGACAACAUUUGAAUGAAAAGAUUGUUCAAGGUAUUGAAAAGAUUGCUUCUGGAUGGGGUAUUAGUAUUCAAAGAUAUGAAAUCAGAGAUAUUCAAGUACCAACUCAAAUUAAACAAGCGAUGGAUCUUGAAGCUGAAGCUGAACGUAAGAAGAGAAAGACUGUUCUUGAUUCAUUGGCUGAAAAGGAAGCUCAAGAAAACGUUGCUAAGGGUAGAAAGACUGCUGUAGAAUUGAUUUCUGAAGCUAACAUGAUUGAAGAACAAAAUAUUGCUAGAGGUAGAGCUUUUGCUAUCAAGGCUAAUGCUGAAGCUUAUGCUGAAGCUAUUGAAAGAUUGGCAGCUGCUAUCAGUAAUGAGAAUGGUGAAAAGGCUGUUGCUUUAAAGAUUGCUGAACAAUAUAUUGAACAAUUUGGUCAUUUAGCAAAGGCUGGUAACACUGUCAUUAUUCCAAACAAUGUCAAUGAUAUUUCUGGACAAGUUACACAAGCUGUCACCAUUUUUGAUCAAAUUUUCAACAAGACAAAGAACCAAACUCCAGCUCUUUCAAAGGAACAAGCCUUAUUGAGGUUAAAGGAAAUCAGUGGUGUUGAAGAACCAACUCAUGUCAAUGUCACUGAAGCUCCAAUUAAGCCAUCAUCAAAACUUAAUUAAUUGUUGUAAAUUAAAGUUAGAUUUAUUUAUUG